GAGAGCUUUCUGCGCGCCACUGUCCCUGUUGAUAGAGCCAGCCUCGCAAUGAACCAGCCGAGCUCCCCAUCCUCAAGAUUCGCUUUCACAAUUUUGGAGUCCGUCUACUCACCCUGACCAUGAAGAGACAAAACGUGAGGACCCUUGCGCUCAUCAUUUGCACGUUCAUCUACCUGUUAGUCGGUGCGGCUGUCUUCGAUGCCUUGGAAUCUAAGAAGGAGACGACUCAGAAGAAGAAAGUGUACGACAGAAAACAAGAGCUUAGGAACAAAUACAAUCUCACUAAACUCAACUUCGAUGAACUCGAGGAAGUGGUGUUGCAGCUGAAGCCUCAUAAAGCCGGGUUACAGUGGAAAUUCGCUGGAUCAUUUUACUUCGCAAUCACUGUGAUCACGACCAUAGGUUACGGCCAUGCUGCCCCCAGCACAGACGGGGGGAAGGUGUUCUGUAUGCUCUACGCCCUACUGGGCAUCCCUCUCACCCUGGUCAUGUUCCAGAGCCUGGGCGAGCGCAUCAACACCUUGGUGCGCUAUCUGCUGCAUCGCCUGAAGAACUGCCUUGGCAUGCGGCGCACCGAGGUCUCCAUGGUGAACAUGGUGGCCAUCGGCUUCAUCUCCUGCAUGAGCACGCUGUGCGUGGGUGCGCUCUCCUUCUCCCACUUUGAGGGUUGGAGCUUUUUCCAUGCCUACUACUAUUGCUUCAUCACGCUCACCACCAUCGGCUUCGGAGACUACGUGGCGCUGCAGAAGGACCAGGCUCUGCAGACAAACCCCAAGUACGUGGCCUUCUGCUUCAUGUACAUCCUCACCGGCCUAACUGUGAUUGGCGCCUUCCUCAACUUGGUUGUGCUGCGCUUCAUGACCAUGAACGCGGAAGACGAGAAGCGGGAUGCCGAGCAGCGCGCCCUCCUCUCCCAGAAUGGCCAGGCAGGAGGGCACAACCACCCGGGCUGCGCCCCCGACCCACCUUCCUCCUCCUCGGCUGCCUCAGGGUGCAGUGGGGGAGCUGGAGGAACAGGAGGACCAGGAGGGGGCGGAAACGGUGGUGUUGGGGGAGCAGGGCGGGGGCUGCGUAACGUGUAUGCGGAGGUGCUCCACUUCCAGUCCAUGUGCUCCUGCCUGUGGUACAAGAGCAGGGAGAAGCUGCAGUACUCCAUCCCCAUGAUCAUCCCCAGGGACCUGUCCACCUCUGACACCUACAUGGAGCAGGGGGAGGCGUUUUCCUCCGACGCCCUCCACCCCCUUCACUCCAACGGCUGCGUCUACAGCAUGCACCACCCCCAUUCCGUCAUCAGUUCUGUGUCCACGGGCCUGCACAGCCUCACCCCGUACAGACUAGGCCACAGCAAGCGGCGCAGCUCCAUCUAGAGGUCUGGAGGACUCAAUGCUUAAAAUAACCAACCCACACCUCUUGUCUACCGCAUGGAAGGACCCUAAUACUGUUGGACUAUUUUCGAUGGACUAAACCAAGAUCUAAAUCAGGGGUGCUCAACUUACAGUCCUCAGGGGAUCCCUGUCCUGGGGUGAUGUGUUUUUGCCUGGCACUUUUAAAUGAUUACAUUAAUGCCACUGAUUUUCCAAAAACAAGAAUAGGCCUCGAAGACCGAAGUUUUGCACCUGUGAACUAUAUCCCUGCUAUAUUUUCAGCAUCCCUUCACCGUUUGCCGUAUUUAAGGUUGAAGUUAUUACUCUUCACCAUGUGCAGAUUGUUUGAACGAUAAGAUGACACGUUACACUGUGAGAGACAAAUAUUUUUAUGCGAAAUGGAGGGAUUAUGUAUUUUAAGAAACUGUGCAUCAUAAGCCACAUGACUUAACAAAACCUGAUUUUAAGUUUGGUGAGUGAAGCUUGUCUCUUUUUCACAAAGAAGAAAGGGACGUAUUGAAGUGUGACUCCCAAUAAUCAUCCAUUAAAUAAAUGUAAAUAUAUUUGUAAUAUGGAUACUGUAUUUAAGCAAUGUACUUACUAGGGAAGAACCAAUUUUAUUAGUGAAAGUGUUCUAAAAACUAAAUUUGAUUUGCUUUAGUUUCUUACUGUAUGUAUCUCUCAAACCACAAAACCAAGCAUACAUUGUGCUACGUUUUGUCAUUUUCUUUUUAAUGCUUUUUUUCUUGUGUGUAUAAUUGUUUUACUGUAUGUUUGCUAUUCAUCUGUUUUAUGUUUUCAUAAUAGGGUUUUACUCAGAUCAUGUGGGCUCACUUUGUGCAUAGUAGACAGUCUAAUCUUGUUCACUGCUGCACUUUAUAACAUUAUUGUAUGCUUUAGGGCACUGGAUACCAGUGCAUUACAUGGAAUUGAAGAUCCUAAUUUAUGCUAACUCACCUGAUGUUUUGGUACCUAAAUAAUAUAUUCCUAUGGAUGUCAUGCUCUUAAAUGUUGUCAGAGGGAGAUUUGAAAUGGGUUAUUUUGGCUCGUAGCCCAGCAGGCAAAAGUGGUUACAGUCACAGUGCCUUUAGAAUGUAUUCAUACCCCAUGACUUAUUCCACAUUUAGUUACGUUACAGCCUGAAUUUGGUAUAGAUUAACAAAACAAAAAACAAACAUGUAUCACCUAUCUACACACAAUACCCCAUAAUAACAACAUGAAAACGUGUUUUUAUAUAUUUUUGCAAAUGUAUUGAAAGUGAAAUACAGGAAUAUCUCAUUUACAUAAGUAUUGAUACACCUUUGCUAUGACACUCCAAACUGAGCUCAGGUGCAUCCAAUUUUCUUUGAUCAUCCUUGAGAUGUCGCUACAACUUGAUUGGAGUCCACCUGUGGCCAACUGAAUUGUUUGGACAUUAUUUAGAAAGAAAAACACCUGUCUGUAAGGUCCCACAGUUGACAGUGCAUGUCAGAGCAGAAACUAUACCAUGAAGUCCAAUGAACUGUCCACAGAUCUUUGAGAUAUAAUUGUGAUGAGGCAUAUGUCUGGGGAAGGGUAUAAAACCAUUUCUAGAGUGUUGAACGUUUUCAAGAGCACAGUGGUCUGCAUCAUUGGGAAAUUGAAAAAAAAUAUGGAAGUACCCAGACUCUGCCUAGGGCUGUCCGUCAGACCAAACUGAGCAACCGGUCAAGGGAGGGGAGGUGACCAAGAACCCAAUGACCACUCUGACAGGACUACAGAGUUCCCUGUCUGAGAUGGGAAAACCUGCCAGAAAAACAACAGACUCUACAUUACUUCACCAAUCUGGGAUUUAUUGGAGAGUGGCCAGAAGGAAGCCACUCCUGAGAAAAAUACAACAGCAUGCCUGGAAUUAGCUAAAUAACAUGUGAAAGACUCUGAGAUCUCUUUGGCCUGAAUGCAAAGCGCUGUCUUGCGAAAACCAGGCACAGCUCAUCACCCGUCUAACGCCAUCCCUACUGUGAAGCAUGGUGGUGGCUGUAUCAUGCUAUGGGGAUGAUUUUCAGCUGGCAAGGACUGGGUGACUGGUAAGGAUAGAGAAAACAAUGAAUUGAGCAAAAUACAGGCAAAUCCUUGAUGUGAACCUGAUUGAUUCAAACAACCUCAGACUGGAGCGAAAAUUUACGUUCCAACAGGACAAUGACCUCAAGCAUACAGCUAAAGCAACACUGGAAUGGCUUCAGAACAAGAAUGUGAAAGUCCUUGAAUGGCCCAGCCAAAGCCCAGACUUGAAUCCCAUUGAAAAUCUGUGGAAAGAUUUGAAGAUUCUUUUUCACCGCCACUCCCCAUCUACCUUAACAGAGCUUGAGAAAAUCUGCAAGGAUUGGAGAAAAUUGGAUAAAAUCCCCAAAUACAGAUGGGUAUGUCUGUAUCAGCUUUGCACAAGACAACUCAAAGCUGUAAUUGCUGCCAAAGAUGCUUCUACAAAGUAUUGCCACAGGGGUGUGAAUACUUAUGUAAAUUAUAUAUUUCUGUAUUUCAUUUUUAAUAAAAAAAUGUUUAAAUCUAAAAACAUGUUUUCAUCUUUUCAGUAUGUAGAUUGCUGAGGAAAAACAAUAAUUUGAUCAAUUUUGAAUUCAGGUUGUAACACAACAAAAUGUGGAAUGAGUGAAGGGAUCUGAAUACUUUCUGAAGGCACUGUAUGUCUUGGUUUGGGUUGGUUGAAAAUAGAUUUUUCAAUGCCUUUUUAGGAUCCAGAAAAAUGUCUACAACUGGCUGUAAUCUGGUUAUUUUACUAUAUAACAACCAAAAUAUGACUUCUUGAUGACAUCAAGAAAAAGGGUGUCUUUAACUGCUUGUAAUCUGUUUAUUUGCUGAUUCCUCAACUAGAAAACAAAUCUAUAACCAGAAAACAGCAUCUUCAUGACGUCAGAUUCAUGACGUCAGAAGGCACAUCUUCUUAGGGAUAGCCCCCUUUUUUUCAAUUUUCGCCUAAAAUGACAUACCAAAUAUAACUGCCUGUAGCUCAGGCCCUGCAGCAAGGAUAUGCAUAUUCUUGGUACCAUUUGAAAGGAAACACUUUGAAGUUUGUGGAAAUGUGAAUUGAAUGUAGGAUAAUAUAACACAAUAGAUCUGGUAGAAGAAAAUACAAAGAAAGAAACAAUCAUUUUUUUCUACCACCAUCUUUGAAAUGCAAGAGAAAGGUCCCACUGGUUGCAAUUCCGAUGGUGUCCACAAGAUGGCAGCAUUGUAUGUGCAAAGUUUCCGAAGGAUAUCUUGAAGUAUGAGGGCAAGUCGUGAAGGAGACAUUUGCAUUUAUAUGACGUUUUUCUGCAAGAAUAUCGUACAAUCUGUAUACUUGUACUUUGAUUUAGCUUUUCCAGUAUUAGUAGCAUGUUAUAAGUUAAAAAUUUGCAAAACAACCAGUUUUCAUAACUUCAUAACUCUGAAUAUUCUUAUAGUUUCUGUCCAAAAGGAAAAGGCAUGCUGUCGCACAAGGUUAAUAGCUACAUUUUCCAACAGAUACAUGGUUUCUGGAUACUCCCAUAAAGCCCAGCUCAUUGGCUAUCUAGCUGGAUUUGUUUGACCCCGAUUGGUGCUUAUUUGGCAAAUUUAGUCGUUCAAGUGAAGACCGCCCGCUUCUUCAGCGUGCCAUGAAGGUUUCGCUCUCUGACCAAAUAUGUGUGAAGUCUGGUUACGUUCUAGGAUCUCUGACGAAUACAUACGAACGUGAUUUGACUGGCUGAAACAAUGUUUAGGGUUAGAGUUUCACAGAUUCCUUUCUUUGCAAAUUGAACGAGUGGAAAAACAAAAUUGAUCGUGUGUGCUAUAUGGACCUUUUUAGGAUAUGAAAAAGGAUUUAUCUAACAACACAACACUUCAUGUUAUCUCUGGCACCCUUUGGAUGAUAAAUCAGAGCAAGAUUUCAGAAUGUAAGUACACAUUUUACCUUCAGAGGUGAAUUUAUCAAAACUAUCGCUGUGAAAAAAGUGUUUUGUUGUUAGGAGCUCUCCUCAAACAAUAACAUGGCAUUUUUUCACAGUAAGAGCUACUGUAAAUUGGACAGUGCAGUUAUAUUAAUAAGAAUUUAAGCUUUCAGGCGAUAUAAGACACUUAUAUGUACCGACAUUUGUUGUUUCUCUAAAAUCUGCAAUCGUGACACAAGGCGAAGCAUGAUUUACAACUGUCCGGGACGGGACGGGACGCCGAUCCCUAAGAAGUGUUUUAAUUCAAAUCCAUCUGAAGUGAUUCAAUCAAAAAAAGUUUCAAUGAUCCUUAGUGAAAUGCUUUAAAAAUCCUUCAAAAAUAUAAGUAGCAUCUCAUGUUUUAAACAAUGUCUCAUUGUUUGACCUCUUCAGCAUAAAGACUAUUCAGUAAAUCCCAUAUUUGUGAUCCAGAUAUAACCACAGACACUUUUAAGACAGUCCUAUUUCUUUAUAUGAGUUGGAUUUUUUUUAUCAUUCUACCACUGAUUCGUCUAAUCUUCUUAAUAAAGUUUAUUAAUUGGAAAUUGA